CGCUUCCUAGGCCAAUUAGAAUAAGAGUGUUCUUUCUCUUUCAGUCAUUCAUUCUAUCGAACAGAGGAACCGCAUCACAUAUUUCAAUCUUCCAUUGUGACGGUUUCCAACUCUCAGAGAUUCUGACAAAGGUGUGAAGUUUCACUGGAAAAAGAUGCAGAACAAUAACUCCUCUGCUGAAGAAGAGACAUUUCGAGUUCGAAAAUUGGAGAUUACAGACAAAAGCAAAGGCUUCAUUGAAUUACUGCAACAACUUACUACUUGCGGUGAUGUAUCUGAUACGGAAUUCCAAGAACGAUUCCACGAUCUUAGUUCAUACGGUGAUGACCAUCUUAUAGGCAUAAUAGAAGAUGAUGGUACUGGGAAGAUUAUUGCAACUGGGAGCCUGUUUAUUGAAAAGAAGUUUAUAAGGAAUUGUGGAAAAGUAGGUCAUAUUGAGGAUGUUGUGGUUGAUUCCAAUGCUCGAGGGAUGCAACUAGGAAAGAAAAUAGUUGGAUUCCUCACAGAUCAUGCUCGUUCAAUGGGUUGUUACAAGGUGAUCCUUGAUUGUAGUGUUGAGAACACAGCAUUUUAUGAAAAAUGUGGUUUCAAACAAAAAGAAGUCCAGAUGGUUCAAUACUUCAUUUGAGAAUGAUUUUUUUUUU